UAUUGUUCUUUCCGGUUUCUGGAGCGUACUUGAGGUGUGUGGAAUAAACGAUCUCUCAGAAAAUUUAGUUAUUCCAAGUGAACAAGUAACGCAGAUAUAAAUGUAAAAACAUGCCGUCUGUAACGCUGAAAGAUGUCGAUCAACACAAAUUCGUGAAGGCCUUCGCUGCUUUCCUGAAGAAAACUGGCAAGAUGCGUGUGCCAGAAUGGGUGGAUAUAGUGAAGACAGCCCGCUUCAAAGAACUUGCUCCGUAUGAUCCUGACUGGUAUUAUAUUCGUUGCGCAGCUCUGGUGCGUCACAUUUACUUCCGCAGCCCAAUUGGAGUCGGUGCUGUGACAAAAAUCUUUGGAGGACGCAAGCGUAAUGGCACGCAUCCCAGCCACUUCUGCCGGUCGGCUGGCGGUGUUGCACGCAAGGCGCUUCAAAGUCUCGAGCAGUUGAAACUCAUUGAAAAGGCACCUCUUGGUGGUCGUAAACUUACCAGUCAAGGACGGAGGGACUUGGACCGUAUUGCGGCACAAGUUAAGGCGAAGAGCAAAAAACAAAUGAAACUUCAGGAGACCAUUGUCAUUUAAUUUCUAUGUUUAAUAAAGUUUAAGGACUUUUAUGUCGACGAA